UAGCAGUCGUAGCCCUGCUUGCACAGAAUGGACCCUGUGGUCCUGAGUUACAUGGACAGUUUGCUGAGACAAUCGGACGUUUCUUUACUAGACCCUCCAUGCUGGCUUAACGACCACAUCAUUGGAUUUGCCUUUGAGUAUUUUGCCAGUGGCCAGUUCCGAGACUUCUCUGACCAGGCCUGCUUCGUGGGCCCAGAAGUGGCUCAGUUCAUCAAAUGCACCACUGACCAGGAGGAACUGGCUGUGUUCCUUGAGCCCCUGGGCCUGCUGCGCAAGAAAAUUGUGUUCCUGGCUAUCAAUGACAACUCCAACCAGGCAGCCGGUGGCACCCACUGGAGCUUGCUAGUGUAUUUCCAAGACAAGGACAGCUUUGCCCACUAUGACUCCCACAGCAGGUGUAACUCCGCACAUGCCAAACAGGUUGCAAGGAAUUUGCAGUCCUUCCUUGGCAAGAGGGGCAAAGUUGCCUUUGUGGAGGAGAAGGCUCCAGUGCAGCAGAACAGCUAUGACUGUGGGAUGUAUGUGAUCUGCAACACGGAGGCCCUGUGCCAGGAAUUCUUCCAAGGGCAGCAGGAACCGGUGCUUCAGCUCUUGACUCCUUCGUACAUCACAGGAAAGAGAGAAGAAUGGAAAAAGCUCAUUGCUGGACUCUCCAAGAAGUGACAUGACUUUCCAGCGAUUGGUCUCUUUUUUAAAAAAAAAAAAAUCUUGUUCUCUGUGCCUGAGAGGAGCACUUGUGCACAAGACUGCUUUUUCCCUACAGAAAAAAUGUACUUAUCUUUGCACUUCUUCUGCACUGCAUUAUUCUGCAGUGCUAAGCCCUGGGAAAUAGCGACGCCAUCUUCCCUACAGUUUGGAGCAGCUGCCGCUUAGCCUAACCUCUGUAUCCUCCCAAAUCCCCACGAUGCUCAAGUUCUGUGUGUGUGUGAUCCAGUUUCAGUGAUGUCAGUGGCAGAGACACAGCCUCUGUGCAAUUACGGCAGCUUUCAGUGUCUCUCUUUCAGAAGCAUCCCUGAAUGUCUGGGAAUGGAGAUCAGAUUUUUUUACGGCUGUAAAAUUACUGUUAUCGCUUAUAUCCAAAGCUUCAGUCUUAGGGCUGGGAAGCAGAGGUCCCUAAUUCCUGCUUUUCUGAAAAGGAAGCGGGGUAAAGCUAUUUAUUGUGUGAAGUGUUUUGCCUGCCUCCAGUAACUAUAUGCUUUACUGUAGUGUGAGGAAGCCAAAUUAUUGUACAGUACAGUUGCCUUGAAGGCAGGAGAGUCAGCUCCUCUUUAUUUCUAGCUCCAUCUCCGCCUCCUGUUUAUUUAACACGGUAAGGAUUUUUUUUAAAGGUGCUGUACUUCUGAAUGGAUGAUAUGAUGAAACUAUUGAAGGGAAAGGAAUUUUCCCUUCGGUAUCGAGACCAGGGCCAGGGGGAUAUCUAUCUAUCCAUAUAUCUCUACAGAAACUGAAAUUUCUGCGUAUCACUUUGAGCACUUUGACCUAGAGAGUGCCUUAAUAGUGCACUGAAUCUAUUUCCCUAAAUUGUAUUCCGCUGGAGUGAAGUCCAGUAAGGCUUGGUUUUAAUCAGUUACCCAACAUUGCACCCUCGCAUUUCUGGAUAUGUAAUGGCAGGAGGACUCGAAGGUUUGGCGCAACGGAGAGCUGGAGUCACAUUCCUUGAAAAUUGGAGAUGCAGACAACUGGCUGGUGUGCCAGUGGUUCUGUAGAAAUUCAGCAACACGUUAGGAGAGAGGUUGUUAUAGCCAAUGAAGCAGUGGAUCAGUGCUCAUCCAUUUCUCAAGCCUCUUCCAUGGUUGUGCGAUGUAAAUUUGCUUCCUUCUGCUGAACAUUUGGCUGGGCUGAAAAAAAGUAACCUAUUUUGUUUGGUAAUGUGCCAAUCCAGGUGGUAUAGCCUUACAGCCUAUAUUAUCUGAGGUCGUUUCCCCCACCACCACCCCCGCAUUAAAUCUUGUUUUAUUGAUUCCUGAUGGAUGCUGCCUCAGCAACGAUCCUUUUUCAAAACGCUGCGCAAGGAGCAUCUUCAACAGGAUUUAAGUAACAAAUUCAGUUGUUUUACCGUAUGUUGAAACUGUUGGUCAGAAGCACUUGAUAAUUUCUCUUAUUUGCAUAAUUGCAUUAUGUUUGGGAAAAACCUUCGGUCAAAAAUUAAAAA